GGGGUUGGCUCGGCCAUCGCGGGCGGCCUACAGCUCCAGCCGCGGGCCGGGCCGCGGGGUUUGGGAGCGGCGGGAUUGGGCCUAGACCUCUCCCCCCCCCACCCCAUUCCCGGCGAGGCGGAGGCCGGGGCAGGUGCCGGGGGGCCCGGGAAGUUGGAGGAUCGGGGGAGAAAAAGUGCGGAGCCGCCGCCAUGGCACAGACGCUACAGAUGGAGAUCCCCAACUUUGGCAACAGCAUCCUCGAGUGCCUCAAUGAGCAGCGGCUGCAGGGCCUGUACUGUGACGUGUCUGUGGUGGUCAAGGGUCAUGCCUUCAAGGCCCACCGGGCAGUGCUGGCUGCCAGCAGCUCGUACUUCCGGGACCUGUUCAACAGCAGCCGCAGUGCGGUGGUGGAGCUGCCGGCCGCCGUGCAGCCGCAGUCCUUCCAGCAGAUCCUCACCUUCUGCUACACCGGCCGACUGAGUAUGAACAUGGGCGACCAGUUCCUGCUCAUCUACACGGCCGGCUUCCUGCAGAUCCAGGAGAUCAUGGAGAAGGGCACCGAGUUCUUCCUCAAAGUCAGCUCCCCAAGCUGCGACUCGCAGGGCCUGCAUGCUGAGGAGGCCCCGUCGUCGGAGCCGCAGAGCCCGGUGGCGCAGACAUCGGGCUGGCCAGCCUGCAGCACGCCGCUGCCCCUCGUGUCGCGGGUGAAGACAGAGCAACAGGAGUCGGACUCGGUGCAGUGCACGCCUGUGGCCAAGAGGCUGUGGGACAGCAGCCAGAAGGAGGCCGGGGGCGGCGGGAGCAACGGCAGCCGCAAGAUGGCCAAGUUCUCCACACCGGACCUGGCCACCAACCGGACGCCCCAGCCGGCCCCUGUGGGAGCGGCGGCGGCGGCAGUGGCAGCCGUGGCUGCAGGGGGCGUGAUGAGCGGGCCCAGCACGUCGGAGCGGACCAGCCCGGGCACCUCCAGCGCCUACACCAGCGACAGCCCCGGGUCCUACCACAACGAGGAGGACGAGGAGGAGGACGCAGGCGAGGAGGGCACGGAUGAACAGUACCGGCAGAUCUGCAACAUGUACACCAUGUACAGCAUGAUGAACGUCGGCCAGACAGCAGAGAAGGUGGAGGCGCUCCCGGAGCAGGUGGCCCCCGAAUCCCGCAGUCGCAUCCGAGUGCGGCAAGACCUGGCAUCUCUCCCCGCCGAGCUCAUCAACCAGAUCGGCAACCGCUGCCAUCCGAAGCUCUACGACGAGGGUGACCCGUCAGAGAAGUUGGAGCUGGUGACAGGCACCAACGUGUACAUCACUAGAGCUCAGCUCAUGAACUGCCACGUCAGCGCGGGCACGCGGCACAAGGUUCUGCUGCGGCGGCUCCUGGCCUCCUUCUUUGACCGGAACACGCUGGCCAACAGCUGUGGCACCGGCAUCCGCUCUUCCACUAACGACCCCAGACGCAAGCCGCUGGACAGUCGCGUCCUCCAUGCCGUCAAGUACUACUGUCAGAACUUCGCCCCCAACUUCAAGGAGAGCGAGAUGAACGCCAUCGCAGCGGACAUGUGCACCAACGCCCGCCGCGUGGUGCGCAAGAGCUGGAUGCCCAAGGCCAAGCCACUGCACCUGGCGGAGGGUGACACCUACAGCAGCUUCAUUGGUGACACGGGCAAGAUCGAGCCAGACAUGAUGGGCAUGGAGCACAGCUUCGAGACGGCUAGCCAUGACGGCGAGGCCGGCCCCUCGGCAGAAGUCCUCCAGUAACCCACGGACCCUCCCCUCCCACCACACACCCACCCAGCACCUAGGUCACGAGCUACUGUCUGUCCCUACCCAGGACCCAUAGGGGGUGCUGCAUGCUCCCAGCCCCUCCGCCUCUCUCCGGUCCCACCCUUCCCCCAAUGCGAGCCGGCCGGGCUGGGGGAGGUUGGGCAGGUGGUGCCGGGGGCAGUCGCCCUCCUCAACACACACUGGUGGGUAGCUCUGGGCCCCUUCCUGGCCCUUAGGAGGCUCCUCCCACUCUCCAGGCCCGCCUCGGGGAGGAGCUGGCCUGGGGGGCCUGGGCACCUGGGGGAGCAUUCCGCAGACCCGCCCCUCGUGCAGCCCCUUGGGACUCAGAGGGGCGGGGGUUCUCAGGACCCCUCCCCAGUGCUUCCACGUCUCCAAAAGCGCCUUCCUGUCCCCCCUCGUCUGUCCCUGCGUCUGGGGGCUUGGGUAGGCGAGGCCAAGAGGGACUGCCCACUUGACAGCUGAGAAAACAGGCCCAGAGAAGGCUCGAGAAAUCCCAUGGCCUUCCCAAGGCGGCCCAUCGGUGAGCCGAGGUGCCCCUCUCUCCUCCCAGCCUCGUUGUCCCUUGUGGGUCCCCUGAGGCGGGCCCCGUGAGGCUGGUGCUGAGUGAGGGGCACUCCCGGGAAGGACUGGUCUCCUGAGCCUGCAGAGCGUGUGGUGAGCAUGUGUGCGUGCGUGUGGAGAUGGUUUGCUUUAGAAAACAGGGAGAUAGAAGAGGCGUUAAGACCAGGGUUGGAACCCGGGAGCAGGCUGGGGGGCUGCUGCCCUUCUGCUCACGCCCCGCCCCGCUGCAGGGCUCCCAGCCCCCACCCCCUGUACAUAACUUUUUAAAACAUUUUUUUAGCGAAUGAAAUAUUGAAGUAUAAGAUUUCCUUUUAUUUUUCAAACCAACGGGACUGUGUCUGAGGUCCCCCUCAGUCCCUGGGGGGCGAUGGGGGGAGGGCUGUGGAAGGAAGGCUGGGGGCUGAAUGUGUGUGUGAACAGAACAUGGGUGCAUGUGUCUGUGGCUGGCCCCAGCCCAGCUGCCCCCUGGGCUUUGCGGGUCCACCCAGCUCCCUCUCUCCACUGGGGCUGCAGUUCGAGGGCUCCCAGGAUGCCCCAGGUCUCUGGUUGGUUGAGUCGUCCUCUGGGGGGGCGGGGCCGGCAGGACAGGGCCCAAGUCCAUUGUUUGCGAUUGUUUGUGGAAUUUUCUCUCACCAUUCCUCUUUAUUCUAGCCCUCCCAGAGCCAGUGUUUGUGGGGGUUUUUGAGUUUUCACAUAUGAACACAGAGGUUGUUUUGUUUUGUUUCUUUUAACUUCACCCCGAGUGUCAUUUCACCAUCUCAUGAUUUCCUUUGUAGUCCUGCCUCUCCCUCUCCAGCUCCCAGCUGCCCACCUUCAGAGGCAGGGGUCCCGUGGGACUGGGGCGGUGGGGCGGGGCUGGCCCAGUAGCACCCCCUACCCUGCUGGAAGUCCCUCCUAACAUCUGCUUGUCGAGGGGAUAGGGGGGUCCUGACUGGCUGGGGUCCUGGCACCUUGGCCCCGGGUGGCCAGAGGAAGGUAGGGGGAUCGACACCGCAGCUAAAGCACAAGCACCUUAAUCGCACUCCCGCCCACACCCCCCACGCCCCACCCCAGCGCUGAUCCCAAAGCACAAUAUCCUGGUCACUUGGCAAGCAGCUGGGCCUGGCUGGGGCCUAGUGACAGGCUGGGGCUACAGUCAGAUGCCGAGGGGAAGCAGGGGCUCCCCUCCUUCCAGGCCUUAGCGAGGGGCAGCUCUGGGGACUGGAGUCCUCUCCCACCCCAUCCCCUUCCUCUGAGCCCCUGCUGCGCCAGGUUGGGCGGUAAAGCCCACUGGUAGCCAGGACCCCAGGAGGUGGGGGAGGAAGGGCCAGGCCAGGGGUGCAGGGGAGGAAACUCCUCGCUAGGAGAGCCAAAGACAGGGUUGUGCCUUACCCCAGGAGCCACCCCUGCGCCCGCCCCGCCACCCCCCUACCCCUCCCAGCGGCCAGCCGUUUUUCCUGCUCCCUUGCUCAGCGCUGCAUGGUCCCCCACCCUGGGCAGCCAGGAGAGACUGAAAUGGAGAACCAUCCACCUAGCAGCAAAAAGUGUAGUGCCCUCCCGACACCUCGCUGGCCGCCCGCUUGUCCACCUUAGCCUCUCACCGGGACAGGCCGCCCACCCGCCCGUGUGAAGUGCCAACGCCCUGGCCGAGCCCCUCCCCCUCCGCGGCCGGCCGCCAGUGAGAUUGCACAUUGACUACUGUAAGGAGAGGAGCCGCGUUGGAAAUGUGAACCAGAGAGUCUCAGUGAUACUGAUGAGAAUAAACUAAACGCCUUUGUAACAGCC